UUUUACCGAUUGGUUGGCAAGUUGCCAUUGCAGAAGGAAGGUGAAAGAUGAAAGCACGAUGUAUCAACAUUCAAUAAAUCAUAAUUUGGAAAAAAUAAAAAUUGUUGAUGUAAAUAUUUUGUUUAAUUUAUUCUCUUCAUUAUCUCACAUAAUCUCACACACGUAAGGGUUGCAGAACCCUGGAAUUGUCAACUUAAACAUGCAGUGGUUUGCUGUGCGCUUGUUCAGCAGUGCAAUCGUUCUUUACACUCGGGGCGGUCGCUUUCUGCUGUUUCGCUUCCAAAACGUUGAUUCUAUAUUCUUGCAGAGUGGAAUAGUGUUUUUAUGCGGCUGUGGCUUCUAUCAUCUAACGUCUUUUUAAACGCUCACGCCCUUCAAAUACUGAAUAUGGAGCUGAAGCUGAGUCAAGCGCUCGUGUCCGGUAGAGCGGCCGAUGAGUCGGAAGAGUUGCAGUUUCUGUUUUUCGAGGACCAAGAGCUGAAACUAGACGAACAACGGGACAAAGAGGAAAACAAGCAGCCACAGCAAAAUGUGAAAUUGUGCUAUGAACCUGGUAGUCAGUACUGUACCUUUUGCAUGACCACGUUAAUGCGUGAGGGUCACGUGGCGGGGGAGUCGUGCAACUUCCGGUUUUGCGGCAAAUACGACAGGCAGAUCUGUGAGCCAAUCAUCAAAGUAAAAUCAGAAGAAUAUGAAAAUAAGGAGCCAGAAAAGGAUAAAGCGAAAUGAGGGAAAGAGACGCGACGCAGCACACGCAUACGUGCCAUGUAGUCGAAUGUUGUGCAAUGGUCAACAUACACCCACCGACUGUCGAGCGUUCGAUAUAAUUGCACGUAUCCCAAGAAAACCACAGGGCAACUAGUGUUUUCGAUUGGUUUUCCAGCAACGGAAAGGCUAGGGCAAGGAUAGCCUAGGUUGUUUUUUGUAUGGGCGUUGCCAUGUUGGUGAUUCUCGUUUAUCUCUUCGACUUCUUCAACUCGUGUUUUUUCGCAGGUUCGCAGGGACUUUUUGCGCAGGUGCGAUAGGGCGUAGUGCUAUUAUUUGUAUUUAAUGUUUUCCUCAAUCGACCAACCGUAUGUGUGAUGAUUGCAGGGGUAGAACCCUCCGUUUAUGAGAAAGCUCUCUUUGUUUGGUGUGACUCCGCCCGACGUUGUCUACAAUCAACUCCUUGUUGGGUAAAACAUAAUCGCUAAAGAAGCAUCACUAGAAAGAUUUCAGUUAAGGGAGGAUACGUUGUUCUGUCAUUCACUCUUUAGGUUACAAUGGCUUUAUGAGGAGAAUACUUACUUACUUAUUUAUCCGGCGCUAUAACCGUUUUGCGAUCUUCAGGACCUGCUUCAGGAGUGUCCGAAACCGCUAAACCAUUGGUCUAUUGUGGGCCAAAAAGGUAAAACAGAUGACAUGACCAACCGUGAAAAACUGUUUGUAGCGCUGGAGAAAGUCUGGAUAAAUUUAAACCCUCAACACAUUCAAACCUCGUUGAAAGUAUGUCACCUCGCUGUCAAACUGUUAUUGA